AUCCUUUCGUCCAGCCCAUCCUGGUUGACUCAGGGCCUGUUCGGUCCAGCAAACCUUCGGGCUCAGCAUCAGUUGUUGCUACUCGAGCAAUUAGCUGCUCGCUCGACUGCCUCAGCCUUGCCAACCGACGAAGCUGUCGCUCUGGUAGAUGGGGACGCUGUGCUCAUGACACGAUGCGUCGCACAUCAGCUAGAAUUGCCGCUACGUUGUGAACUCGCUUUUAUUGAUUACGAGGUGAUUUGUUUACUUUAUUAUAACUGGCAAUUAUUCAUCCCUAAAUGA